UCUUCGCACUGAAGCUGGACUUUCAUUUAUUUUAAGAAGAAACUUUUGUUUUCACUCACUGGAAGAGCAAAACUCACUGAAGCAGCUGAUCCGACUGCUGUUUUUGUUUGUUUUUUUGUUUGUUUUUUUUAAAAAGAGGGUUUGUUUUCGGCUCGUUGGGAGGAGCUGCAGUCCGAUGCAGGCAGGUGAUGGAUGUCAGCGGGGUUCGAGGUCGAAGCGGCAGAGGAAAACAUCCUCCUUCUCUCUCCUCUCUCCUGAUGGCUGGACCCUCAGAGGGAAGAAGAGGAAACAGGCCAACAGAGAUGCCGACUCCCUCAGUCUCUGCAGUCUGGAAAUCAAUGAGCCCAGCACCAAGCGUAGUAAGCCUGUAUCCCGGGUAGCGUCUCUGGCCAGCCUGCUGCCCCCCGUCAAGACAACGCCGUUGAAGAGGAUUGGCCAGACACUGCAGCGCACCAUCAGUCUUCGUAAUGAGGGCCGUGCAGAGGGAGCUGCUCCUCCUCCUCCUUCCUCCUCGACAACAAAGACACGUGUUAUCUCAGCGACACUCUCGAACCCUUCGUCCUCCAUGACUGCCCCGAGGGUUUCAACCGCAGCUGCUCCGGCCUCCAAGCGUCGGGACAGCAAGCUGUGGAGCGAGACAUUUGACGUCCGACUGGGAGCGGCACAACCUCUGAGCCCCAAAGAAAUAAAACGACAAGAGGCUAUAUUUGAGCUGGCUCAGGGUGAGCAGGAUUUGGUGGAGGAUCUGAAGUUGGCCAAGAAGGCCUACCACGACCCAAUGCUCAAGCUAUCCAUCAUGACCGAGCAAGAACUGAACCAGAUCUUUGGUACUCUGGAAUCACUUAUACCUCUGCAUGAAGAUUUGCUGAGUCGCCUCCGAGAUGCCAGAAAACCUGACGGGUCCACAGAACAUGUAGGACAUAUUUUAACUGACUGGCUGCCCUGCCUCUCUGCCUACACGCCGUACUGCAGUAACCAGGUCAAAGCCAAGGCUUUGUUGGACCAGAAGAAGCAAGAUCGGCGAGUCCAGGACUUCUUGCAGCGUUGUCUCCAGUCACCUUUUAGCAGGAAGCUGGACCUGUGGAACUUCCUGGACAUCCCCCGCAGCCGGCUGGUGAAAUACCCACUGCUGCUCAGAGAGAUCCUCAAGCACACAGCCAACGACCACCCGGAUCGACAGCACCUGGACGAAGCGAUGCUGAUGGUUCAAAGCGUGGUGGCAGACAUCAACAGGCAGACAGGAGAGUCGGAGUGUCAAUACUACAAGGAUCGUCUGGUGUACACAGAGGACGGACAAAGGGACGAACUCAUCGACCGCUCCAAGACCCUCAGUUGCCAUGGAGAGCUGAAGAACAACAGAGGACUCAAGCUCCGCGUGUUCCUUUUCCAGGACGUCCUGGUCAUUACCAGAUCCAUGUCGUCAAACGACCAGCCAGUCGGCUAUCAGCUCUGCCGCCAGCCAAUCCCCAUUCGUCAGCUGGACCUGGAAGACCUGUCAGAUGGCGAGAUAAGAGUGGGCGGAUCCAUCAGAGGGGCCUUCAGCAACAAUGAACGAACAAAGAACUUCUUCCGGGUUUCAUACCGUACUGGAGGCCAACUGCAGAGCCACUGCUUUCAGGCUAGUGACGCCUUCAACAAACAACAGUGGAUCAACUGCAUUAGACAAGCCAAAGAAGCUGCAGCACUGACUGGAGACCAGCUGCCACAGACGGGACAUUGUCCAGAGACGGGGGUCAAUGAACAACCAGGGCCACCUGUUGAAACAGUGGGGCUGUGGGGUGUGAAAGGACAGGGCUUGGAGGGAGAGGCAGGUCUGCAUGGACAGCAAGAGCUUGGACUGAGGGAUGGAGAUGGGCUGGGUUUAACUCAAGAGACAAUGACGGGGAAGGAGAUGGGGGCAGAUUUGGGUUUGCAUGGUAAAUCAGAGAUGGACGGAGCACUACAGUUUGUGAUCAGUGAAGCAAAGACAGGUGUGGAGAUGGAGGGAAAUCAGGGUGUUGGUGUGGAGAUGGGAGCUGAACCAGGAGCCACUGCAGACUUUAAGGUGGCUGAAGCGGGGCAGACUCUCAGCAGAUAUGAAGAUGUAGUCUCCAUUUCCCUCCUCUCCUCUUCAAUUCCCAAACAAGUGGAGGAUGAGGUGAUGGAGGAGGAGCGGAGCAGUGCUGCAGAGAAAAGAGAGGAUGGUAUGGACACUGGCGAGAUGGACUCACUGCAGUGCCACAGGUGCUGAUAGGAUGGCACGUAUCAGGACUGGAACUAAACUCAACCAACUGUGGUAUUUAGUAAUAAUGUAACUAACAAAAAGCCAAAUGAAACGUAUAUGAACAAACUUCUUGGGAGAAGUCACGAGACCAACCGGUGCUCACUGCUCACAGACAUACAGCUCAGAAUUAAGCUGAAGGUGGUAAAUGCUUAUACUGUGAUAUGUAUGUAAGAUGUUAAGUCCAGGAGAUAUGGUCAGGUAACAAAAAUGUGCUCCAGGUGAAAUAAAGACUCAGAAAAGGCCAAAUUCAAACAACAUUAGAUCAAAAACAUUAAAUAAAGAAGACAACUGGCCACUGUAUCUGAUGAGAACAGAGGUAAGAUGACAGCAAACAUUACACAUUUAGAAAUAAGUAUAUCUCAAGGAGAUGAGUCAGGAGGAUACACACUUAUUAUCCACAUCGGAGUAAACAGUCACUCCCUAGCAAUGUAAAAACAUUGUUAAGCAGGCAGUGAGACACUCCUCUCCCUUAGGUUAAAUACUCCCAGGACAGUCUCACUGCUGCACCCACUCUGGUUGACCCACGGAUGCAAAAAUAAAACUCCCUAUAAAAACCUUGGUGAAUUUAGAGUUUUGACUGUUUAAGGAGAAUUGAAAAAGUGAAAUAGAGGAAAUGAUGUUAGCAGUUGCUAAAUGGUGUAUGCACAGGUUGGUCAUAAGACUGAGGAUUGGAAGUAAUCGUCUCCCGUGCUGCUAUCUGCUGUGUUCUAACUGCAGUUAGCCAUGGAUGUUGUUAAGAGGACUGGAUACCACACCCUGUGGAAGUUGCUCACCAGGCACACACUGCUGAAAGACUGCUCAAAGGCCCUCCCUCACAGGUUUCCUUUCCAGCUCCCCCCUGGCUCCAUCAUAGCUAACAUUAACUCACAUUUUGUACUGGACCCGCCUUUGAAGAAAUAAAUCCUGUUCCAACCACCCCUUACCAGCAGCAGAGCUCAACAGUCUUUAUAGUGGUGACCAGGCUGAGAACACUACUUUCACCGAAUGAUAACAAAACGUAUGUCUCCAUUUACUGUAGAAAUCAUCAGUUAUUUGGUUACUCUUAUGUUUGGGGUUAUGAACACAGAAGUAUGGGGGUUGCUCCUGGACAGGCUUCUCCUGGAUAGGCUACUGCUCACCUCACUGGUCCUGUGAGGUGAGCAGUAGUGGAAAACAGAAAACUGGGAAAUGUGAAAACACUCUUAAUUGUGCCAUCAUCUCAUGUAUUUUUGCUCAUUGGUAUAUUUUACAUACCAAUUCUGUUGUAUAGAUUGGUGGAGACACGGACCGUAUGUAAAACGUGGACUCUUCUGGUUGGAAAAAUAAGUCUGCAGAAUGCCAUAAUUUCAGUCUCCAAAACUAAAGAAGAGAUGUGUUGGAUGGUUUGUACCAAACAGGAAAUUACAGUAUUCUUAGAUAAUUCCUUUAAAAGCAAAGCAACAAAUCCCCUACUUUGAGCCCAAAAGGUUUUCAGAGAUGGUUUUCAUCUCCUGUUUUAGUUUUCUUGUCAGAUAUGGGAUCGCUUCCUCCUCUGCUGCUGUGUUUCAAAAACUUUUUAAAGCAUGUCUGAAAACACUGGAGAGAACUCAGCUGUACAUUCACUUUUAAUAAGUUAGCAGAUUUUAUUUAUCUUCUGUGUUCUGUAGAUUUACAGUUUUUAUCAUGUAUCCCGACAAUAUUUUGUUAAACUGAAGUAGCCUGCAGCAGCUGAAGCUGCUGCUAAGUGAAAUGCUCUGUGUUCAACUCUGCAUUAAAGAAGGAGCCUGUUGUACAUGUACUGUAUGUAUAUAAAGAAUGUAUAUGAAGUAUCUGUGUAAUAUGAAUGAAGGGAAACAAAAAACAAGCGCUACUGUUUGUUAUAUACGUGCUUACAUAUUACACACAGAAUGAUUGCUGUCAGCUCCGUCAAUGUUAGCAAGGCUGAAGAUGCUAAUAAUGACAUUUACACUUAAUUAAGGCUGCCAUUUUUAAAAAAUGAAUUACAGUACUGUGUAAAAGCUUUGAACCACCCUUCAUUUUUCUAUAUAUCUUGCUAGGGAAAUGGGGAAAUAGGUGCAGCACUUUAUUCAAACAUGUAGAAGCGUACAUGGAAAUAGUGUUUAUAGGGCAAAAAAAAAAAAAAACCCUGGAAAGUCAAUAUUUGGUAUGAACACCUUUUCUUAGGCAAGUUUUCUAAUAAUUUCUUUAUGCAGUCUUCAGGAAUAGUUUUCCAUUCCUAUUGAAUGAAAUUCAAAGCUCUUCUUUGGAUGUUGGCUGCUUUUUGCUCCAUUCUCAUAUUUUUGUAGAUUAAGCCAAAAGAAAUGGGACCAAAUGGUGUAUUUCUGCUUACUUGUUAUAUGUAGUCAACACUGGUACAUCCAUUGAGUUAGAUGCAUUUUUAGUGGUUGAAUGUUUCAUAGGUCAAUGCAAAGUGGUUAAAUAAACAGAGAAAAACAUUCUUCUGAAAAUGUUCAGGUACAAGGACUGGACUGAAAAUUAGCGAAAUAGCAGCAAUUGUCCAAAAAGACUAAUUUUUCACUUAUUGGGAGCACAAUGUAAAGAAAUGAGAGGUGGCUCAAAACUUUUGCAAAGUCCCUAUAAGAGGAGAAUUGGACAUCUCUGCUCAGAGAACACUAACUAUUGUGCAAAAACGAACAAGGUGAUUAUAAGUUGAAGUAUUAUUGUCUGGAACAAAGCAUUAAUAAAUUGUUUUA